AUGGAGCGCCGAUCUAAAACUCGUGCGACGCUUGCCUGUCUCCCUUGUCGCAACCAGCAUCUGAAAUGCGAUGGGACACGCCCUAUUUGUUCACGAUGCCAAGGCCUCUCGAGAACCUGUGCAUUUUCCGAAUCGCGUCGAAGUGGUAGCUAUAAAGCAGCAUUAAGAAGAACGCGGGCUCAAGAUUUCCAGGCGCAUAACUUGACCCCCACUGAUAGCCUGGCAUCUCUUGGUUCGGAACUUCAGCAGCCGCUAUCAGACUCGCUUGCAGGCUUUGGAGUCAUAGAAACUCAACACGAUGAUGGAAUCGAGUUUGUUGAUCUGUAUUAUGAGAACUUUCAUCCUAGUCAUCCUUUUAUUCUGCCGAGGACAGCUCUAGAUGCGAGGUAUGCCGCUGGAUGCCCUAAUAUUCAGCAUGUUAUGGGCGCUGUUCGGCAUAUUGGCUCUUUUUACACGAGUAACCCUAUCAUUGGAAUCGAAGACUCUUUAUUGGGGCAGGUGGAACACAUCGAUGGAUUCAUCGUGCAAACAACUCUGCUGACAGCAUUGGCUAAGAGCAUGUGCGCAGAGCAGGACCUUGCCGACGAACUACUAUCAAAGGCGAUGCACCAAGCAAGCCUCAUUGGCAUGGGCACCAAGACACUCACAGAAUUUACUUCACAGAGCGAUCCGGUCCUCGCAGAAAGUUUGAGGCGGACAAUGUGGAUGUUGUACGUGAGCGACGCGAACUUUGCUGUUAUCCGACAGGACUAUACAUUGAGGCUGAAGGACAUGAGCCUCGAUGUGGAUCUCCCAUGUGAAGAUAAGGAGUACAAUGAAAUGCUUAUUCCGCCGACAAGAACGACACUCGCAGAGUAUCACAGCCGCGAGUACGACAUGCAAGAAAAGUCGUUUUCUUCGUUUUCAUACUAUAUCGACGCAAGUGUAAUAUUUGCUACUACACUGCACGCAUCGCUCAAGUUCAUGACCACACCUAAAGCAGAGAUGAUGUGUGAUGAUCUCGAGGCCAAGAUUGCUGGCUGGUUUACUAUGUUGCCGCCAAGCAAGCGAGACCUCGAUGUUCGGCCUGCCUUUUUUGAUCAGCUCAUUUUCCAAGCACACAUGAUGAUGUACACAUGUCUUGCUUACAUACACAGGCCCUUUUCCACCCUUCGAUAUGACCCCAUUGAAUCAAUCUCAUCGUGCGGAUCGCCUCCCCCUCCGCUGUUCUUGGGAGUCAGCGGUGGAAGCGGACUGAAUCGUCAGUCCCAUCUGCAAAAACUCUUACAGGCCAUCCGCAAACAAAACCAGUGUCUUAUUAUCCUGCCUCUUGGCCCAGCCCAGCUAUCCCCCUUCGUCAUCUGCAUGGUUGCCUGCUGCACCAUUGCUCACCUCGUAGCUUGCAAGUCGACACUACCAGAAGAUGAAGCCGAAGUAGCUCGGUCCCGGAUCCGCGUUUGUCUUGGCACGCUCAGGCAUUAUGAGGACAUAUGGCCGAGGGCCAAGAAGAUUUUAUUGGAGCUCAAGAGAAUCGCCAAUUCCAUUCUUCAGACUGAGAUGGCGACCGUGCAGUACCAGCCCGCCUAUAGUGAAGUCUCUGUAGCUCAGCAAGACAACACUCUUGAGGAUUUAUUUGAAGAGGAAUGGCUUGAUGCCCUGAGGGAUUUAACAUGA